AGCCGGCGGAAAGCAGAUAGAAGCUGCAAAAUCAUGCUUUUUCUAAUCGCCCUUCUCUUUAUCCCUUUCAUCUUCUUCUACCUUCUUCAUAAACAAAGAACCACCGCCUCGCUUAACAUCCCUCCUGGUCCUCCAGGCCUUCCUCUUAUCGGCAACCUUCAUCAGCUUCCGAGCUCUGACCUUCACCUCCACCUAUGGCGUCUCUCCAACCACUACGGCCCUCUCAUGCACUUGCGCCUCGCUUCCAUACCAACUCUGGUUGUUUCCUCCGCAAAAAUGGCUGAGCUCUUCCUCAAAACCCAUGACCUCCAAAUGGCCAGUCGCCCAUCCUUGCUCGGUCAGAGGAAAUACAGCUAUGAUUGUUCAGACCUGGUUUUUUCACCCUACGGCGAUUACUGGAGAGAACUCAGAAAGCUCUGUGUCGUUCAUUUGUUCAACACCAAACGUGUUCAGUCUUUUCGCUCUCUCCGGGAAGACGAAGUGCUCCGAAUGAUGAACAAUAUAUCAAAGUCGGCUUCCCUGAAUCAAGUCACAAACUUGAGCGAGGCGGUGAUGCGUCUGACAAGCAGCAUAAUUUGCAGAGCUGCUUUUGGAAAGAGAUAUGAAGAUGAAGGAAACAAAAGGAGUCAGUUUCAUGGGAUGUUGAAUGAAGAACAAGCCAUGAUCGCUGCGUUUUACUUCACAGACCAUUUACCUUUCAUCGGGCACUGGAUUGAUAGGCUCAGGGGAUUAUUAUCGCGGCUCGAAAAAAACUUCACGGAAUUGGAUAAUUUCUUCCAGCAGAUCAUCGAUGAUCACAUCCAUUCAAAAGCACGAAAAUCCGACCAAGAAGAAGACUUCAUCGAUGUCUGUCUUGGAUUGACGAAGGAUACAUCUUCAUUCGAACUCUCAUUGACUAGCAUCAAAGCCUUACUUACGGAUAUAUUCAUAGCUGGGACUGACACCGGGGCGGCGACGCUGGUAUGGGCCAUGACGGCUCUCAUUAAGAAUCCAAGAGUGAUGAAUAAAGUCAAAGAAGAAAUCAGAAAUUUAAAGCCGAGAAAAAGCUUCAUUGACGAAGAUGAUCUCCAAAGGCUUCCUUAUCUGGAGGCGGCAGUGAAGGAGACACUGAGAAUGUACCCACCAGCGCCAUUAAUGGUACCGAGGGAAGCGACUGAGAAAUGCCAGAUCGGUGGGUAUGACAUAGAAGACAAGAGUGUGAUAUAUUUCAACGUGUGGGCCAUAGGGAGGGACCCAGAGGCAUGGGAGCAGCCAGAAGAGUUCAAUCCAGAAAGAUUUGAAGGUAGGUCUGUGGAUUUCAGCAAGGGACAAGGAUUUGGGUGGAUACCGUUUGGAGGAGGAAGAAGAAUAUGUCCAGGAAUACAACUGGGAGUUGUAACAGUGGAGCUAGCACUUGCUAAUUUACUCAACUCUUUCGAUUGGGAACUCCCCAAAGGGAUGAAAGUGGAGGACAUAGACACUGAUGUUCUUCCUGGAAUCGCCAUGCACAAAAAGAAUGCUCUUUGCCUUAUGCCCAAGAAAUUACAGGACUGCAUAGUUUAGUCAAAUUACUUUUCCGCCAAUCAUUUAGCAGUUUCCACCAAAUAUAAGAUCGUAGAUUCCAUCCUGCUUAUAAUCCUGCCUUGUUAAAUUUAGGGUUGAUGUAUUGGGUCGCGUGUUUAUGGUAUAAUAAUGAAAGAUGUAUUGGAUGCGCACAUCACUCUUGACCUGAUCCAA